UUUAAUUAUAAAUUUUGUUUAUUUAAUAAAUUAAUUUUUUUCAAAUCUGUGGACGUUUUAUUCACAAAGAUCCCCUCUAAAUUGUCCACAAAAGUUCAAAAAUUUGUCCACAAAAUUCUUAUGAGUGCUGACGAAAAUAAAUUAAUACGUAAAAAUGUCAGUUAUAAUUGCUCAUGGAUUUUCUCGUCAACUGAUUUUGAAAAAUGGAAACGACGAUUUGAUAAGGCGAAGAAGAACUGGCAGAAGAAAUACACUCGUGAUUCUUUUAUUUGGUAUAAUCACAAUUGUAUAAGAAAAAAGAAGAAAUGCAAAUAUUCAAAGUCUGAGGACAAUUCUUGUAGAGGCAAAAUGAAAAUUCCAGAAAAACCGGAAGGGGACAGAUUUGGCUUUUAUAGAAUUGAGCUUACUGAGGAUGGUUUUGAACAUUUUGUGUCAGAAUUUGAGGAGGAGGAUGAUGACUAUGGAAAUUUUAUUUUUGAAUUUUUUAAAGAAUUUAAUAAUAGUAAUUCUGUAAACGAGGUUACGGUAGGAAAAAUUUCUAGAGUUGUUGACUUGGGGCAUUUUAAUAUGGCAGGGAAUGUUGGCAAAUUAUAA